CCAUAGCAGGAAGAAAAUAUGGCGGGCCGAAGAAUAUCUCAGUCUAACCAAGAACUUUGGUUAAUGGCGAAGAAUUGGCUUGCCAGUACUAAUGUCUUGCCACAAGGACACAGGUGCUAUGAUUCUAAUCCCACAGUGUUUGAUUUGGCUCAUUCGUUACGAGACGGGGUUGCAUUGUGCCAAGUUGCCAACUGCUUACGACCUUAUUCUGUCCGCGACAUAAACCUCAAACCACAAAUGUCCCCUUUCCUGUGUUUGAAGAACAUAAGAGCAUUUCUCCAUGCUUGUGAAAAACACUUUGGCCUGAAGGAAAGUGUGUUAUUUGAUGCGCACGAGCUGUACGAUGUGUCUGACUUUGGCAAGGUGGUAAUAACAUUAAGCCACUUAUCAAAAUGCAAGGAUGCUUUAAAUGCAGGAUUUAUUCCAUUUCCAAGUGAUAGAGCUGCAAGUCUAAAUUCAUACUACAAAGAUGAAGAUAUCUAUGGAAAUCUCGAAGAAAUUGCUUUAACAAAAGAUGUUGCAGAGGAAAAUGUAUAUGAUGCUGUUACUAUUGAGGAUGAUAAUAAAAUCUAUGAUGAUAUUGUGGCAAUCAAAAAACGUCUUGAUGCAUCUAAGUCUCAAGAUUCGCAUUCUUCAAAAGCUGAUGAAAAACGAUCUUAUGUCAUUGAAGAACUGUUGGGCACAGAGAAAAAUUAUGUUGAGGCUUUGACCUCCAUCAAAGAGAAUUUUAUUGACCAACUACAGAACACUUUAUCUGCUGUAGAUUCCAAAAAAAUAUUUGUGAAUAUCUUGGACUUGUUAAGUAUGCAUCAUACCUUUCUUGGUAAACUCAAACUUGCUUGCCGAGCUAAAAAAGAUGUUGGUAGUGCUAUCAGUAAUUGCUUUAUUAUCGAUAAAGACAAGUUUUUAGAGUAUGGAAAGUACUGUAGAGAAAUGCAAGCAGCCCAGAAUCAUGUUGAUAAACUUUGUGAAAAUGAUGCAGAAAUCAACCGACAUUUAAAGGAAUGUUGUCAAAAUGCCAAUGGGGGCAAAUUUUCACUGAGAUCAUUACUGGUUGUUCCAAUGCAGAGAGUUCUUAAAUACCCUCUCUUACUCCGGGAACUUAUAAAACAUUCAAAAACACAUAAAACAGACAAGGAUGCUUUGGAAAAAGCAUUAGCAGCUAUGCAGGAUGUUGCACAUUUUAUUAAUGCCGUCAAGAGAGAUGAUGAGAGCACUUCAGCUGUUCAACAGAUUCAAGCAUCCUUGAUUCGCGACAAAGACGCGCCACCAAAUUUAAUCGAGUUUGGACUUUUGGUGAAGGACGGAGAUAUGCAAAUCAAAAUGAAUGAAGAUAAAACAUUGAAGAAACGAUACGCUUUCCUAUUUGACCGAGUUCUUUUGAUGUGUAAAGUUAGGGGUGAACAGUACGACCAUAAAGAAACAUUGUAUCUAGAUCAUUAUGAUGUCAGCGAUACAGUCACUCAUUCUGGCAAAGGAAAAUUUGUUCACGGAUGGACAAUGAACGGAAACUCGCCUGAAGCAGGUCGUGGUUCGUAUGAAAUGUUCACAAAAACUGAUGAUAUGAAAAGAAAAUGGGUUGAAGAUAUUCAGAGAACCAUAAGUAACCUCACACUUGCUGAUUAUAAUCUAGGAAAUCAUCGUUUAGAGCUCACGACGUUCGCUAAACCAACAUACUGUUCUGUUUGUAAGAAUCUACUCUGGGGGUUAAUCAAUCAGGGUUAUACGUGUAAAGCGUGUAGUCACGUGUGUCACAAAGAAUGCAUUGAGAAGUCAGCAGUAUGUAAAUCAUCAAAAAGUGGAACGGCUGGAAGAAGAACAAUAGUGAAACAACCAUCCGAGCCAGUCCCAAAUAGUCCCCCAUUACCUCCUAGAUCAAGAAAUAAUUCCGCACCAGUGGUUCCUUCUUGGACACCAUCCACGGUAGUUGCAAUUACAAGGUUUCAUGGCUGGGCCCCGGGCAAGAAGAAUACGUUGGUGUUUGAAGCAGGAGAAGAAAUUGAUGUUUUAAAAUCGCCUGACCCGGAGUGGUGGGAGGGGAAAUCUAGAAAAACUGGAAAACAAGGUUAUUUUCCAAGGAAUUAUGUGGAAAUACUGGAAGACCGGAAAGGAAAGUUGCAGGAAUCUGAAGUGUUCUUUGUGCGCAAUCAGAAACGUCACACUAUCUCACUGUCCAGUAUUAAUGAGAAUGUGGGCUUGCAUGGGCCUUCAACGCACGACAAUCUGUUAACCAGCGGUCAACAUGUUAAAAUCGUCAGAGAGUUUACCAAAUAUGAAAAAAGUUCCGAUCUUCCAACAACAACUGAAGAAGUCCUUUCUGAUGGUGAAAUUGACUUAACCAAAUACCAAUGGUUCGUUGGGAAGAUGGGCCGAGAUGAAGCUAAAGAACUUUUGGAGAAAUUAAGUGAUGGAACCUUUCUUAUUCGAGAGAGCACGACUGUCCCAGGACAAUAUGCUUUAAGUUUAAAACAUAAAUACAACGUGAAGCAUAUCAAGAUUGUCGUAUCUACGGGAAUGUUUUGUCUUACAGCGCUAAAACUUUUCCCAUCUGUAGCAAAUUUGAUCGACUACUACCGAAAUAACACCCUGGGGGUUAGUUUUCCUGGCUUGGACACGUGUUUGACACGUGGUAUAAAUGAAGCCAGGCGUAAGUCGCCACCUCAAAUUAUUGCUUACGCUAGGGCGAAGUACGACUACGAAGCAAGAGACCCCAGGGAGAUAUCGAUUAAAAAAAAUACUCGAAUUCUUGUGAUCAACAAAGAUGGUGAAUGGUGGAAAGGCGAGAAUGAAGAAGGACAGGUGGGAUUUUUCCCCUCAAAUUUCGUGCAAACAAUGAAUGGCGAUUCCCAUGGUAGUUGAUCCCUGUUCUCAGGCCUAACAACAUAUGUCUUAUCAUUAAUAAUUCUCCUCCAGGAUAAGUCCUAAUCCCGGCUCUUUAUCAGCACUCAAUUUUACUAUAGUAUAGGAAGAUUUUACAAUGUUUAUCAUUUUAAUGUUGAAUCCUUUGAGGUCGUUUUUAUUAGUAAUUAUUUUAAUGGUUCUGUGAUGAUGUACGUAUAUACAGUAUUUAUGAAGAAGAGAUAAUCAACAUCGUAGACGGGCUGUGAGAUUUAGGCCAAAAUAAUAAGCCAACACAGUGGAGACCAUUUAACAAUGUUUGCCAAUUUCAAAUUCUUGUAUUUAUCAUGGCAGCCAUGUAGCCACAGAUGGUUGAUCAAUAUAAUUUUGCACUGCAACAGAACAUUCAAUAAUUCUUCUAACGUUUUUGAAUAGGGUGCAAUUUUUCACACAACUGAUUGAGCACCAGUUGAUGGCAUUAAUGCAUAGCAAACCUAGAAAAUAUGCAUGCACCACUAUAGAAGUAUUCGUUCUACUAUAUGUUUGACUUGCAUUGCAAACCCAGGGAUUUUUAGUUAAUCAAUUAUGUGUAAUUAGAAAGCAUGCUAGUUUACAAUAGCGAAUCUUGGUUAGAGGCAACUUUUGACAAUUUUUAUAUCAUGUACUGGAGCGAAAUUUUUUAACCUACUGGAAUAAAAAUAUUUUAGAAAUCAUGUAAAAAUGCUGAAGUAAUUCAAAGGAUAUGAUAAUUUGUACAUAAGAAAUUCAAUUGUAGCAUCAGUGUUUAUAUAUUACAAUAAAAUAUGGGAAUUAUGAAGUAA